UCAUGGUCCGUGAAAUUUCGCCUGAAGAAGCAUUCUCGUCAUCAGGAAACAUACGAAAGAGACCAAUGUUAAUUAAUCAGACCUGAUACCUACUCAAAGCUUUGGAAUCACAUAAUCGCAAUGGCUUCGCAGUCAAGCUUCAUUCCCUUCUCAAGCAGAAGAAGCGUCGUCCACUCCACGAAUGGAAUAGUGGCCUGCACACAACCUCUGGCAGCCACUUGUGGGUUGAAGAUCUUGGCGUCUGGAGGCAAUGCCGCUGAUGCUGCUGUGGCUGUAGCUGCCGGGCUGAAUAUGACCGAGCCUUGUAGUACCGGUAUUGGAGGCGAUAUGUUUUGCUUGUAUUUUGACGCCAAGACCAAGAAGGUGUCUGCUUUGAAUGGUUCAGGUCGAUCUGGUGGAAAGAUUACACUUGAGAGAAUACGGGCAGAUCUUAACCUUCGAGAGGGUGAGAUUGGCGAGAUUCCGAUGACAAGCGUCCAUUCUGUCACCGUUCCCGGUGCCCCCGCAGGCUGGGUUGAUACAGUUGACAUGUUUGGAUCCGGAAAAGUCUCCCUGGCAGAAAUCCUAGCUCCAGCAGCUGAGAUGGGUGAAAACGGAUUUCCAGUAUCUGAGCUCACGGCUCAAUUUUGGGCCUCAGGUGAGAAUAAGCUCAGAAAAGCCUCGCCUAACUUCGCAGAGAUGCUGAAGAAAGAUUCUUCUGCUCCUGAUGGUUACCGUGCUCCAAAAGCCGGCGAGCUCUUCAAGAAUCCAAACCUAGCCAGAACCUUUCGAACGCUUGGUAAAGAAGGUAAGAAAGGAUUCUACACUGGAAGGAUUGCAAACGAGAUUGUGAAAGUGGUUCAAGACCUUGGCGGCCACCUUGAGCUGGAAGAUUUGGUCCAUCAUAUGGAGCUCGGUACUGAAAGAGUAGACCCGAUUUCAUUGGCUUUCAGGGAUCAAGUCGAAGUAUGGGAGCAUCCACCAAAUGGACAAGGCAUUGUUGCCUUGAUGGCCCUCGGCAUAUUAGAAGAAUUAGAACGAGGAGGGAAAAUUCCGAGGAUCACAGACAUGGAUCACAACUCGACAGAAUAUCUACAUGCUCUUGUCGAAGCACUUCACAUCUCGUUUGCGGACGCUACAUGGUGGGUGACGGAUCCUAACGAAGUCGAUGUUCCAACCAAGCAACUCAUCUCACGCGACUAUCUGGCCGAGCGAUCAAAGCUUUUCGACCCUAAGAAAGCCUCAAAUGUUCAGCACCACGGUAGUCCUGCUCACAACCACUCAGACACUGUCUACUUCGCAGUCAGCGAUCGUGAUGGUAACGCAAUAUCAUUUAUCAACUCGAACUAUGGGGGCUUCGGUAUGGCCGCUAUUCCAAAUGGAUGCGGUCUGACACUUCAAAACCGUGGGGCAAAUUUUAGUUUGCAAAAUGACCAUCCUAAUGUUCUUGCGCCAAGGAAGCGUCCUUACCACACUAUUAUUCCUGCUCUGGUAACGAACAAGGAUGACGGUAGCCUACAUUCUGUAUAUGGAGUGAUGGGUGGGUUUAUGCAACCUCAAGGUCAUGUUCAAGUGCUACUCAAUCAAUUGGCUUUCAAGCACAGCCCACAGACAGCUCUCGACGCUCCGAGAUUCUGCAUUGGUGCUGGAAUGCCUGAUGCUGGCGAGGUCACUGGGCAUGUUGUUUACCUUGAAGAUGGAAUCGACGUGAAAGUCGUCAAAGAGCUGAAAAGUAUGGGACAUAAUGUAGAGCUUGUGAGAGGUAUGAAGAGAAGUUUAUUUGGAAGAGGUCAGAUUAUUCGAUCGCUGGUGGAGGAAGGACAGGUGAUCUACUCGGCAGGAAGUGACUUGAGGGGAGAUGGAGGUGCUUUCCCCGCAUGGUGAAGGUCAGGUCUGCUUGGACAGAGAUCCUAUGUUGAUGAGAGGUUGAACAUGGUAUGAUGCUGACAAGCUUUUUUGACGGGUUGCUCAUGCUUUUAGACUUCUACCACCAACACAAGAUCGACGGAAAGCUGGUGGAAACUGGCAAGGUGUUCAAAUCAAAGACAUUUAUGACAUUGAGGGAUCGCAACUGAUAGCUGGAGAGUCUCUCAGGCCAUAAUCGUGAGGUGUGAAGCCACGUAUUGUUAAUUGCUAACAUCAUCGCUGGACAACCAGUUGACCCCUUUUUCGUCUCGCUUAUCAUAUCUUAUCAAAAUAUUUACAUUUCUGUGUGUGGGUGCAAAGGCCAAUAUACCAGACUGCUCCCCCAACUCACUGUCAAUCAAAUUUCAACAAGACCUGCCAUCACCAAGCUGUGAUCUGUCUUCGUGCGACAAUCUUGAGUGUUUCACCUCAUCAUCGAUUCUGUAGUCCUCAAGGCGCUUUUACGGCAAUUUCACAGUAAGAACUUUCAAUAAUUCACAGAUGCUACCUAGGCGGUACAGAAACCCAAGCUAAC